GUGUGAGUGAGUGUGUGUGACUGUGUAAGGGGGGCGGUGUGAGUGUGUGAUGGAGGACCAGUCCCGGUUGCUGCAGCCUCACCCCGGGGUGGGGAUGGCCGUGCACUCGCUGCCUCCUCACUCCCAGUCGGACGGAGGCGACCCCGAGGGACGCAAACAGGACAUCGGGGACAUCCUUCAGCAGAUCAUGACCAUCACUGACCAGAGCCUGGACGAGGCUCAGGCCAGGAAACACGCGUUAAACUGUCACAGGAUGAAACCGGCUCUCUUCAGCGUGUUAUGCGAAAUCAAAGAAAAAACAGUGCUGAGCAUCCGAGGUGUUCAGGAGGAGGAGCCCCCAGACCCCCAGCUGAUGAGACUGGAUAACAUGCUGUUGGCGGAAGGUGUUUCAGGGCCUGAGAAGGGCGGAGGCUCGGCGGCAGCUGCGGCAGCUGCAGCAGCAUCAGGAGGAUCUCCUAACGACAACUCCAUCGAACACUCUGACUACAGAGCCAAACUCUCACAGAUCCGACAGAUUUACCAUUCAGAACUCGAGAAAUAUGAACAGGCAUGCAGUGAAUUCACCACACACGUCAUGAACUUGCUUCGUGAACAAAGUCGGACCAGACCCAUUUCACCAAAGGAGAUCGAGCGCAUGGUUUCUAUUAUCCACCGCAAAUUCAGCUCCAUCCAGAUGCAGCUAAAACAGAGCACGUGCGAAGCCGUCAUGAUCCUUCGCUCUCGCUUCCUUGACGCAAGGCGGAAACGACGCAACUUCAGCAAACAGGCCACAGAAGUUCUGAAUGAGUAUUUCUACUCGCACCUGAGUAACCCCUACCCCAGUGAGGAAGCCAAAGAGGAACUGGCAAAGAAAUGUGGUAUCACAGUGUCACAGGUGUCGAAUUGGUUUGGUAAUAAGCGAAUCAGGUAUAAAAAGAACAUCGGCAAGUUCCAGGAAGAGGCGAACCUCUACGCAGCCAAAACCGCAGCUGAUGCUACAACUGUGGUAGGCCAGCAAGGAAGUCAGGCAAAUUCCCCUUCCACUCCCAAUUCAGGUUCUUCUGGUUCUUUUAACAUGCCAAACUCUGGAGACUUAUUCAUGAACAUGCAAUCACUGAAUGGGGAUUCUUACCAGGGCUCUCAAGUUGGAGCUAACGUGCAGUCACAGGUGGAUUCCCUGCGCCAUGUUAUACACCAGACAGGCGGAUACAGUGAUGAACUGGCCGGAAGCCAGAUAUACACCCCAAGACGUAUUGAUGCUAAUGGCAGCUGGCAGGAUGCUACUACCCCAUCGUCUGUAACAUCACCCACCGGCGGACCGGGCAGCGUUAACUCCGACACCUCCAACUGAGCAGCCGCCAGCGACCACCUGCAGCCAGCAGCUGCCCUCUAUCACCAGAUCCCCCGGCUGGGGAGGGGGGCUCGAUAACAACUGUCGGGUCCUCGGGGUGGGGGGGGUAGUUCCUGUGUAGCUGCACCCCUCCCACCCCCCGCCUGCCCGCCCACCACCAAUAUGUAAAUAUAGUCAAGACAAGAAAAAGUAUUUAUACAUUUUUCACACAAUUCAGUGCAGCCAAUUACCUCACUGUAAAACCCUUUUAAAAAAAAACCAAUAGAGGACGCUUCCUGUUUAGGUUCCAGUGCUUACACACUACCUCUCAGCAAUACGCUCAGCUUUGCUCAUAACUUUAAUCAUGACCUUACUCGCUCGCUCACUCACUCGCUCGCUCAGUCGCUCACUCACUCGCUCGCUCGCUCGCUUACUUACGUUUGCGGAUUUUUAGCCUUCUGUCAACGUCGCAUUGUUCCGACUGAGUCAGCUCCACACGCUCCGUUAUUAGCAAACAGCUCACUGUAACAGACUGACGGCUGCAUGAUAAUUAAACCCCUCGUCGCCCUGUUCCUAAAGGUUUCCCGUUCCCAAGGCUGAAGGCCUUGUUGCCUGUGUUUUGUGUAGGUUGAAACGACUGCUUCGGACGUUCAGACAGCUGUUUAACCCUAACAGGGACAGUGUGAUUGUGGUCAGGCAUGUUCUCAUACACUAAUGCAGGCUGACCUUCCUUUCUACUGAUGUUCUAGUGUUUAGCCAUGAUUAGAGGUUAGAAUUGGUUGUAGGAAAUCUGCUGAACAGCUCUGAAUCUGCCCAUCGACCAUUAGGGUUUCUCUGGGCUGACUUGAGGAACCAUCAGCUUUAAACUCGGUGACUGUGGGAUAAAGUGGCUCCGCCACUGCCUGUAGUGCUCCUCUAUUGUUCCUGAUCGGGACUCGGCAUUUAAGAUAAAAUCUAAAAUCUAAACCCGACAGAUGGUUUAAAUAGAAAGAAACAAUAUUAAUCCUUGCAUUUGAUUUAGCCCCUUAUCACGGUCUUCGA